AUGUGUAUGUACAUGGACUAAAUGAAAUUCAAAUUACGCAAAAUAAGGUGUGCUUUUUGUCAUUUUUAUUUAUUCAAUAUGAAUAGACUCGCUGAAUACUGCUCAUAAAAGCCUGGUUAAAAUUCUUUUCCUGUCCUGUGAAAUUAGUGAUUCGUAAUAACCUGAUCAUGCAGGUAGAACAAUUUGACAUUCAGAUGACCUUGAAACGAGCAAAAAGACCUUGUAAAGGUCGGUUGUUGUUCACAACCGCCUCCAGAUUGAUACACGAUUCCUUAUAGAGAUACCGGAAAUUGCAAAUUCAUAUAAUAGGCAUGCAGCAGUCUGUGAAAUACCAUUAUAAAUUCAUAGGAUUGUAGAUAACAACUAUUGGAUACGUUUUUGUUCCACACAUUUGCAAUAUGGAUGAUCAGAAUACAGCUAAUGAUGACGGGGCCGUUUCUGAAAAGUCUCCACUAAAAGAAGGAACAUCAGAAAUUAGUUCUGCAAGCCCUUCAGUAAUAGCAAAAUCUUCUUUAUUACGUCGAGUUAAAGACAGAACCAGGAGUAUUUCCUCCAGUAGUCAGGACUCCAAUGCCUCUCUCGGUCGACGAUACUUAAACCAGAGACGAAGUUUAAGUUUUGAUCUGUCACACCACAACAGUCCUCUAUAUAAAGACGAUCUUCCACCCUUUCCAGAUCAUAUUGUUCAGUCCAAAGUGCCAUGGUGGACCUCCAAACGUCUCCAAUUAGCUGUGAUGUGUUUCUUUGGGUUUCUGUGUCUCUAUGCCCAGAGGGUUAAUCUAAGUAUUGCUAUUGUUUCUAUGGUAGACCAUAGAGUCACUCGAGAGAUUUCAAAUAAUAGCAGUUCCCAUCUUUAUCUUACCACAACCGUAUCCAGCAACCGAACUCUAGCAGCGAAGUGUCCAGAAGCAUUGUCAAAUAAGUCAAAUCCUGGCGAAUUUAAAUGGAGCAAAGAACUCCAAGGAUUAAUUUUGGGAUCUUUCUUCUGGGGUUACUUAGCAUUACAAGUAGCUGGUGGCUGGCUGAGUGAACGAUUUGGAGCUAAGAAAGUGAUAGCUAUAGGAAUGUUUCCAGUGGCCAUCUUGACUCUUUUGAGUCCGAUUUGUGCUCGUGCGAGUCCAUAUUUAUUUAUAGUUGUGAGGGGAAUCAUAGGAAUAGGUGAGUCUGUAAUGUAUCCAGCAGCACAGGCAUUAUGGGCGAGAUGGGCUCCACCCAAUGAACGAAGUCGUCUUAUAGGACUUUCAUAUGCAGGUGGACAGUUUGGUAAUGCUUUAAUAUUUCCUAUUGGUGGGUUUUUAUGUCACUAUGGAUUUGAUGGCGGAUGGCCUUCGGUAUUUUAUGUUAUAGGUUCUGUAGGGUUUAUAUGGACAGUAAUAUGGUGUAUAUUUGCCUAUGAUUCACCCGGUGAACAUCCAACUAUAUCUACUCUUGAGAAAGAUUUUAUACAGCAUUCUUUGGGUGAUAAUCAAGAAUCGUUUAAAAAGAAACAUAAAACACCAUGGUCAUCAAUAUUUAAGUCUAAAGCCGUAUGGGCGAUUAUUAUAGCACAUGCCUGUGCUAAUUAUGGAGCUUAUAUGUUAUUGACACAGAUCCCUACCUACAUGAAGGACGUUUUAAAAUUUGAUAUUAAAGCGAAUGGUGUAUUCUCCAUGUUGCCUUAUUUAUCUUUUUGGGUAUGUAUUUUGAUAUCGGGUACAAUUGCCGAUUUAAUCAUCAAGGGACAAUUGCUUACGGUAGCGUAUACUAGGAAAAUAAUGACGGCUAUAGGUACCAUUGGCCCAGGAUUAUUUCUGAUAGGAACUGGUUACAUGGAAUGUGAUCAGAAAAUGGCAGCUGUGGCCAUGUUAACCAUAGCAGUUGGUUUAUGCGGGGUUCAUUUUAGUGGACAUUUUAUCAAUCAUAGUGACAUAGCACCACCGUUUGCAGGAACUUUGUUCGGAAUUUCAAACACAGCAGCCACAAUACCUGGUAUUUUGGCGCCUUAUAUUGUCGGCGCUAUGACCAAAAACGGAACCAGGGAAGAGUGGUUAAUUACAUUUUAUAUAGCAGCAGGUGUUUAUACCUUUGGUGCUCUAGUGUUUUUCAUUCUUGCUGAAGGUGAAGUGCAACCCUGGGGUCAUAUUAAACAUUCCGAGAACUCAAAACUGGGUAACAACAUGGAUGAAACAUUGAACCUUUCACUUCAUGAUAUACAAGAAGAGAAUGUAGGAAAUGGUACUGAAAAACAUACCCAUAUUGAUGACGGUGUACGCAAGAAAACCAGUAGUGCCAACAAAGAGGUAGUCUAAAGUAUUUCGUGUGGACCAUACGUAACGAAGCAUAAUACAUCGCUACCCGACAAAUAUAGAGUAUAGCAGUCCACGAAAAUGGAGGACAGACCACUAUCAUGUUAGGUACCCCUGGUAAGGAUGAAGCUAUAAUUGUCGUAUAACUGUAUGGUCGGCAGUAAACAUAUACUCUUGUCUGGGGUAAUAUUAAUUAUCGGGGUUGGACACCAUGGGGCUCAUCCUUAACAAGCGUUUCUAACAUAAUCGUUGACGGAUUGGUAAAGGUUUACAGCGGAACCGAUAUUUUAUGAUGAUGUUUUAUAUUGCAAUGUGCUCAAGUGAGAUCAGUAAUGCUUUAGAUUGGAUGAGGUCCAUUGUGGGUAUUUGUUAUAUAAAAUGCAUUAGGUUCGACAAGACAAAUACACAUCCUAUUAAAAUAUACUUUCAUUUAUAUAUUUUUGGGUUCCUUGCAAGUAUCUUACCUCGUGGGCUUUCUCUGGAUCCUCAGGCAAUGUUUUUAAGAUUCAUUUUUAUCCGUUAAACUAGGUGGGAUUCUGAUGGAACUCUUUUCAAAACUUCAAAACAUUAAUACAAAUAUUCCAGGCGACUAAUCUGCAGGUUGGUGUAUGUUUCGUUUUUUGGCAACCAAUGUUCUAAAGCAAGAAAUUGUACUACAGUCAUCUGCUUCAUUUGCCAUACGCUUGCCCUAACUCAUAUUUCUAUGUAAUAUUUAUUGGAAAAAAUAUUGUUCGA